CUUGUCGUGGGCGUCAUAACUUUGACGCAUUCGAUUCUGACGAAGAUGGCCGGGAGACCCUACAUCCACUUUCUCUUGCUAUGCCACGUAUUUUGUUUAUCUGGUUCUGUGGUCGCAAUUGAUGCCCCGCAGGAUCUAUGCUAUAGCAAGACAAACAGCUAUAUCGUAUCUUCAGGGUCCGAAUCCGACGGCAAUUGCGUGAUGGCCACUUUAUCAGAACGAAAAUCAGAAUCAUAUGUCGUCCAGACCGACGAAACGUUUCCUGAUGAGCCCCAGUCAAACACCAAGAAAUACACUCGAGUGCAAGAAGAUGUCACGUUAUUCCCAGAAAACAAUAAAGCGUCAGAAUCCAACAAUAAAGCCGGCGAUGGACAGUCCAACAGUAACAGUGGAAAUAGCGGCAACAACAAUAACAGUGGCAACGGUGGCAAUAGUGGGAACAGUGGUGGUAAAGGAAACCAAGGUGGCUCGAAAGGUUCCGGCUCUAGUGGCUCGUCAGGGCUUUCUACCGGUGCCAAAGCUAGCAUAGGUGUUGGAGUUGGACUUGGUGCUAUCGGUAUUAUUGCCGGGAUAGUUACAUAUUUCCUUCGUUAUCGCAAUCGAAUUCGGGGGUCCCAGAAUGGCAAAAAACAAAAGUCGCGAGAUAUUGAAGAACCUUCACUGACAGCAUACAUGUACAGCGCUCAAAGAAAGGAUAAUUCAGCCGAAAAUGUCAGGACCCCGUUGGUAGAAGCGCCAAAUUCGAUAUCGCUGGCUACUAUUGAACCACCCAAAGGAAAGAAGGAAGGUGAGAGUGAACAGCUGAGUGAGUUACCUGCAUGA